GAAACCAGUUUAGAAAAAUUCCAGCUGCAGGAAGGAGGUCUGGUACCGACAUCUGCUGAGCUGCUGCAAAAGCUGAGAUCCGUGUGCGCGCUUCCAGCCCGGCGACGCGCGUCCCGGCGGUCUGCGACAGCAAGGUUUUACGCGCAGGAAAAAAAAAAAAACAACAGACUUUUGCUCCCCAAGUUUUGGACUGGUUUUGGUUUGGCGUGCGACAUGAUGGCCACUUACCAAAGCCCGGAAGAUGACCCGAUGGCCUUGAUGAUCCAUGACACCAACACCACGAAGGAGAAGGAGCGAGCCAAGGAGGAGCCGGUGCAGGAGAAAGGCGCGGAGAAGCCGGACCCGUCCCAGAAACCCCCGUACUCGUACGUGGCCCUCAUCGCCAUGGCCAUCCGGGAGAGCACGGAGAAGCGCCUCACUCUGUCCGGUAUCUACCAGUACAUCAUCAGCAAAUUCCCCUUCUACGAGAAGAAUAAAAAGGGCUGGCAGAACAGCAUCAGGCACAACUUGAGUCUCAACGAAUGCUUCAUCAAGGUGCCGCGGGAGGGCGGCGGGGAGAGGAAAGGGAAUUACUGGACACUCGACCCGGCCUGCGAGGACAUGUUCGAGAAAGGGAACUACAGGAGACGGCGCAGGAUGAAGCGGCCUUUCAGACCCCCGCCGACGCACUUCCAGCCGGGGAAGGCCCUGUUCGGGGGGGACGGCUACGGCUACCUCUCUCCGCCCAAGUACCUGCAGUCCAGCUUCAUGAACAACUCGUGGUCGCUGGGCCAGCCGCCGGCGCCCAUGUCCUACACGUCCUGCCAGAUGAGCGGCGGCAACGUGAGUCCGGUGAACGUGAAGGGGCUGACGGCCCCGUCCUCCUACAACCCUUACUCCCGGGUGCAGAGCAUGGCGCUGCCCAGCAUGGUGAACUCUUACAACGGCAUGGGCCACCACCACCACCCGGCGCACCCGCACCACGCGCAGCAGCUGAGCCCGGCCGCCGCGGCGCCGCCGCCGGUCUCCUCCAGCGGCGGCCCCGGCCUGCAGUUCGCCUGCUCCCGCCAGCCCGCGGAGCUCUCCAUGAUGCACUGCUCCUACUGGGAGCACGAGAGCAAACACUCGGCGUUACACACGAGGAUAGAUAUUUAAAAAAAAAAACCUUCAACAAGCGCUUCGUGUAAACAAAAAAAAAAUACAAAAUGAAGACUGAGAAGCGAGAGCUAAAUCCUGUGAUUUCAAAACAGAACCAGCAGUAUUUUUUUUUAUUUUUUUAAAGGACCAAUCUGACCAAGCUGUAUGGGUCCAACUGACAUCCCAAAAAAAAAAAAACAGACGGGGAGACGUGCGCCAAUUGGUGAUGAAAAAAAAAACAGUUUUACAAAAAGAAAGCAAUUGGGGGCCAUUUCGUGCGCCUGUAUUACACUUGGACUGAUGGCCAGCCAAUUACGAGAUGAAAACCUUUUUCACUGAGUGGAUUGCGCACAUUGUUGACAUUGCUCCAGCUGUAUUUUUGGUAUGCGUAAGGAUUGCUCUCGUCUUUACGCACAAUUGUCCAACAUGUUCCCUUUUGAAAUGAGGACAUCAGAUCUCCCUAUUAAGUCAGUGCUUUAAUGUGUAAUUGAAUCAGAUUUGUCCCCACACCCCUCCCCUCUUUUAUUUUUUUAUUUGACCUGAAGUUACACCCGUAGUCUGCUCGGGGACGUUGUCGGUUUUAAAAGAUGUGGGUAGAGAUUCACCACACUGCCAAAAAUACAAUUCAGGGCUUUUCAAAUUUCUCGAUGUAUGUAAGAUGUAAAUUCUAGUAUGUCAGUCAGUGCCAGGUUUUCUUAAUUUUUUUUUAUUAAUAUUUUUUUUUAAAUAAAUGUGAUUAGUUAUGUCUCAUUCAUGUCGGGGCCAUGUUUUAUUUUAAUUAGCACUUUGCCCUCUUUUCUAGGUUUGUGAAUUUCUUAAUAAACUUGUAUUUCUUAAAAUA